ACGUCAUUGUCGCUUGUGUUUUUUAUGAAUGAAAGAAUCCAACCUCAGAGGGCAACAGUAAUUCCGGGAAAAGGCGGACUGACAUUUUGUCGCCGGAGACGCGUCGAACCAACAGAGUGUUUAUUUUUUGUUUUAACUGGUGCUUUCUGUAAAAACAACACAAGUCAACUGGAUCAUGACGACAGAAAGAAACAGCAAAGCCCUGAAGGUGAAGCAGGAAUGUGGCGAGAACGUGCCCAUCCUGUCAGACAGCGAGCUCAUGUCCCUGUCCGUGCGGGAGCUGAACCUCCACCUGCGCGGCCUCUCCCGGGAGGACAUCCAGAAGCUGAAGCAGCGCCGCCGCACCUUAAAGAAUCGCGGCUACGCGGCCAGCUGUCGGGUCAAGCGCGUCUCCCAGCGAGAGGCUCUGGAGCAGCAGAAGAUGGAGCUGCAGAGGGAGGUGGAGCGGCUCGGUGCUGAGAACGCCGGCAUGAGGAAAGAGCUGGAGGGUCUCGGGGCACGCCUGGCUGCCCUGCAGAGGUUCGCCCGGGGUCUGGAAGCAGGAGGGGGCAGUCUGCUGGCUACGGCUCCACGCCUCAACACGGCCUCGGUCAUCACCAUCGUGAAGAGUCCGUCCCAAACUCAAACGCAGAGAGAACAGGACCCAUCUUAAAGAGCUGCUAGAACCAGACUGGGGGCGGGGUGUAUAGGUGGUCUGUAAAGCAAAUACAACACAUGUAGACAUGGAUAUGCUACACACACAUACACACACGCAGCACAAAGGCAGAACAGGAAGACUAAAUAAGUAGGAAAAUACUAAACUCGUCAUCUGCAUUGUGCCUUUUCCACAUUACGAUAUGCAGCAGCAACUCGCUUCACUGCAGCAAGGUGUAUAAGGUUGCCUAGCAACAACAGCUUAGUUUAGUUUCUUUGUAAAAGGACUAGGAACACCUGAGAAGUCAUCCAAGACAGGUGUGACCUGUGCAGUUAAAUCUGACUCGGAAAGAGCUUAUUUUUUAUUUUUAGCACUCGCAGUUGUGAAAGGUUUAAUGUGAGCCAGGCGUCGAGCUCCUUCACCGAG